UUGGGGUCGACGAUCGCGACGGUAAUGUUCGUAUGGGCCGUGGCCCGACAAUAUUUUCCGGCGCACCUCGACACCUUCCUGACGCAGUACACCACCAAGUUGGUGGGCCUCUUCUACCCGUACGUCGAGAUCACGUUCCCGGAGUACGCUGGCGACCGGCUCAAGCGGAGCGAGGCGUACGCCGCGGUCGAGGCCUACCUCGGCAGCUCGUGCGCCGAGCGCGCCAACCGGCUUAAGGCCGAGGCGGACGGCGACGGCGCGGGACUUGUCUUGAGCAUGGACGAGUACGAGGAGCUCGCGGACGACUUCGGUGGUGCCACCCUGUGGUGGUCGUCACACAAGACCUCCUCGGUCGCCGCCUUCUUUUCUCUCUUUCCUCGCCCUGACGAGUGCCGCUCCUACUGCCUCGCCUUCCACCGCCGCCACCGCCAGCUCGUCCACACGGCCUACCUCCACCAUGUCAUGAAGGAAGGCAAGGCCCUCGAGGUCCGCCGACGGCGGCGCAAGCUCUACACCAACAAUCAUGGCUACGACCGGUACUUUAGAACAAUGUGGAGUCACGUGGCCUUCGAGCACCCGGCGACGUUCGACACGCUGGCGAUGGACGCCGACCGCAAGCGCGAGAUCAUGGAGGACCUCCUGGCCUUCAGCAAGGGCAAGGACUUCUAUGCGAAGAUCGGCAAGCCGUGGAAGCGCGGGUACCUCCUCUACGGGCCCCCGGGGACGGGCAAGUCCACGAUGGUGGCGGCGAUGGCGAACCUCCUAGACUAUGACGUCUACGACCUCGAGCUCACCGCGGUACGGAACAACGCCGCCCUCCGCAAGCUCCUCGUCGAGACCACCAGCAAAUCCGUCAUCGUUGUUGAAGACAUAGAUUGCUCCCAACAACUCUCAUCGCGAAGAAACAACAACAGGAAAAAGAAUAAGAAGAAGAAGAGAAAGGACUUAGAAGAAGAGGAGUACUCUGAGGACGGGGAAAAAGAAGAAGAGAUCGGCAGCGAGGUGACGCUAUCGGGGUUUUUGAAUUUUAUAGACGGGUUGUGGUCCGCAUGCGGGGGGGAGCGGAUAAUAGUUUUCACGACGAACCACGUGGAGAGGCUCGACCCGGGGCUGAUCCGACGUGGCAGGAUGGACGUCCACGUGGAGCUCUCGUACUGCACGUUCGAGGGGUUUAAGGUGCUGGCGCGGAACUACCUGGGGGUGGAGGCGCAUAGAAAGUUCGCGCGGGUGAGGGAGUUGGUGGGGGAGCGGGCGAUGACCCCUGCCGACGUGGCGGAGUGUCUCAUGCCGAGGAGUGUGGGGAGUGGGGCUGAUGCGGACGAGAGGGUCGUCGAGGGAUCCCUCGCGAGGCUGAUUCGGGCGCUCGAGCGGCGUAAGCGUAAUCGCAAUGGGGAGGAGAGUGUUGGUAAUCGCAAUGGGGACAUUUGUGAGAAAGGGGGCCAGAGAAAUGAACCGGAGUGUUGCACAUGGAUGUGAUGAAGAUGAU